GCUUUUGCAGCCCAGAUAUAUAUCACCGGCGAGGCGGGGUGACUCGUCACUCCGCGCUGGAAGAUGGCUGCGGCGGACCGGCCCCCGGUCAGGGAAGGGAUCCGGAUAUUUUUACUGUGUGUGUGCUGGUACACAGUCAGCUCGGGGGGCAACAUCGUCAACAAAAUCAUCCUGAAUGGAUUCCCGUACCCGGUCACGGUCUCUCUGUUUCACAUCGUCUCCAUCGUCGUCUUCCUUCCGCCGUUGUUGCGGGCAUGGGGAGUCCCCAAAACGGAGCUGCCGAGCAGGUACUACCGGUGGUCCAUCCUGCCCUUAGCUUUCGGGAAAUACUUCGCAUCCGUGUCUGCUCACUUCAGCAUCUGGAAAGUACCUGUUUCAUACGCGCACACGGUCAAAGCCACGAUGCCGAUAUGGGUUGUGCUGUUAUCAAGAAUAAUCAUGAAGGAGAAGCAAACCACAAAGAUCUACGUGUCGCUCAUCCCCAUCAUUGGUGGAGUGCUGCUGGCUACAGCGACGGAGCUCUCCUUUGAUGUCUCAGGACUCAUCAGCGCUCUGGCUGCCACGCUCUGCUUCUCUCUGCAGAACAUCUUCUCCAAAAAGGUGCUGCGGGACACGAGGGUCCACCACUUGAGGCUGCUCAAUAUCUUGGGCUUCAAUGCCGUUUUCUUCAUGCUGCCCACUUGGGUCCUGGUCGAUCUGUCUGUGUUUCUUGUUAAUGGAGACCUGUCGGAGAUCUCAGGCUGGACAAGCACCUUUGUCCUUUUGCUCAUCAGCGGCUUCUGCAACUUCGCUCAGAAUGUUAUUGCUUUCAGCGUACUCAACCUUGUCAGCCCCCUAAGCUACGCCGUUGCCAAUGCCACCAAGAGGAUCAUGGUCAUUAGCAUCUCCCUGCUAAUGCUGCGCAACCCGGUCUCAUCCACGAACGUCCUUGGUAUGAUGACGGCCAUCGUGGGGGUCUUCCUCUACAACAAGGCCAAGUAUGACGCCAACAAGCAGAAAAAGCUGCUGCCCAGCACCAAGGAGGACCUGAUGUCCUUUGACAACCAGGCGCUGGAGAAGACCCAGGCUAACGGCUCAGUGCCUUUCCCCCACGGCUCGGAGCAGCAGCACAACUGGAACAACGUGCUGACCGACCACUUCCAGUACAGCAGGCAGGCCUACACGACAAACUACAGCAGCAACCACCAAUAUGUGGUGUGAAGGAGGAUUUAGUCCUCGCUCAGGCUCGCUGUCGUAGACAUUGCUGUGUAGCUGCCCUCCCUGCAGCGGGUCCUUUUUUUACCCCGCACACAAGACUGAAGGCAAGUCCUGUUGGUGGUGGGUAGAAAGAAUGAGAAGAGCCUCUCAUGACAGGCCAGUGACGUGACCUCUCCAACACUCCUCCCUGUCCAAACUUCACUUUCUGGCAUUGUUGAUAUAUUACUUUGGUACAGACAGUAUGGGAGUGUCCAAGAGGGGGGGAAAAAAAAAAGUCAAAUCACCUGUUUCAGACACUUUGGUGACAGAUUCAGCCAUUUUCUCCGAACACAGAAAAGUGCCACAGCACCGUAAACGGUAGUUCUGAUUAAUUUUCACCUUGCUUUCUGGAAAUGUCCAAGUUUGUUUCCACAACCUAUGAUCACUGUUUUGGUACGUUUGUUACCUUUUUUUUUUUUUUAGGAAGGAUGUCCGCUGUAAUUAUCUAGUGCGAGUGUUACCUUGAACCGAACAAGAGUGAUGUUACAUCGCAUGUAGGCAGCUCAGUGGAAAGGGCCCCAUUUCAGAUCACGACUACUUCAUGAUUAGGAUUGUCAUUUUUCUUCAUAAGGCACCUGUAAUGACGUGAAAGCAAUUAACUUGUAACACUUGUUCUCAGUGAUUACAAUGAUAGACCAGUGAAACUCUUGAGGCAGGCGCCACGUAUGGACACUUUUGUGGACAGACAAGCGAUUUAGGGGACAGUCCCUUAUAAUCGCCUCAGCUGUGCUCUGUGUUUGGCACUAGUCGGCAUGUGUUAGCAUGCUACACUAACAUGUUGGACAUGGUAAAUAUUAAACAUGAGGAUCAAGCACAUCAGGAUGCCUCACUGGUACAGCUGUUAACGCAACACAAUGAUUGCCCUCGUGAUACUGAGUUGUUCAACAUUACAAAUGCCUGAUGUGGAAAAAUGUCCAGAUUUCAAAAUAAAAGUACAAAAACCAUUAAGUCUGUCUGCAAAAAAAGUAUGCUGGUGAACUUGCUGCAUACAAAGAUAAGUAAUCUUUCAGCCACACUUGUCAUCAGCAAGUCUUUUUACAUGCCACUGUAUAAAUAAUUACCUAUUCUAAAAUGCGCUAAUACACACAAACACACACUCACACACACACGCCCUGUUGUCUUCAAUCUGUUCUGUAAAACGAGUGAGACGAUUUCUGUCACCCAGAACAGUCAGUGACCUCUCACAGAUCUGUCUAUUUCUCCAAACACAACGAAUACAUUUGAUAUCAUGGAGCUUAAAUGUGAAAAGUUAGCAUGAAAUCAGAUUUUAGCCUCAAACAUCCGUGCAGUUCAAACUACAGCAGCUGAGUGCUGAGAAGACGUUUCACAUUUCUUCGCGACUUUAACCAUGUAAAUGUAGCUGAGAUGUCAUAGUAUAGAGUUAGAAAAUGGUUUAAAAUGAUUCAUAGUUUUCUUUAUUAUUAAUAUUUAUAGAUCUUCAACAUGUCUGAGGCAGAGGGAGUUUUUUUUUCUGUCAGCUGUUUUACUUUUUUUUUUUCGGCCUGAACCAAAGCUGCUCUGUUUGUUUUGUUGGUUUUUUAUGUUUUGUUUUUUUGUUUUUUUUUUAAGUUAGAGGCUCAGUUUCAAAAUUGCACAUCAUGAAACCGAAUGCAUUACGCAGAUUGUGUCUCUCUGUCGAGUGACUUUCAAGAUGUUUUAUUUCAAACUGUCCCUUUUCGGUGUCAGAAGGUCAUUGGUCACGGGUCAGGGGAGACAUGCAUGAUAUCAAAGGUUUGGUUUGUGCAAUUAAAGAUUCAACUGUAAGUUCAUGUAGACAAAAAGGAAUCCUGGUCAUUAUUCUUUACAAAAGUUGUGUCUACAAGUUGUGAACUAAUAAUCAUUUAUCAGCCUUUUGUUACUACUUGAGAAACUAUUGAGGCCCUUUCUUUUUCUCUUUGCAGGAUAGCUUUGCUUUCUUUGAUGCACAAUGAACGUCUCCCCGCAGCAAUAUGACAUCUUGCAUUAUUUUUGCUUGUAGCCCAAUUCAAUUUCUGCAUAUUGAUUUUGUUGGAUAACGCACCUUUUAAUGACGCAGAAGUGCCAGCUGUAGCCUCAGAUAUAUUUUUUGCUGUAGAUGUUGGUAAGGAGAGUACAGUUAUAUUCUAGUUCUUUUAUUGUUUUAGAUUAUUAUGUUUACCUGCUUGAUGACAUUUAGAACAAUCUUGAAGUGUUUAGACCAGAAGAAACUGACUGUGACUCUGUCUUGAGACAAAGCUGUCAACAGGUGUGGGGUUUUCUCCUUAUUUAAAAAUCAAGCAAGCCAGUUCUUACUGCUGAGAUGUUUUAUUGGCGGUAUUUUUGAGACAUUUGGAACCCAUUGCAGCUCAGUUCUUCUCCAAAAAAUAGAUAAAUCACAAUUUCUGCAGGCAGGGCUCCUGUUAGGAAACUUGAAAGAAGAAACACUGGUUUGCAGCAACUUCUAUCUGUUUUGAUUUGUGUUAAUUGAUUAUUGUCCACUGUAAGGCUUUACAUUGCUGCAUAAAACAAAAAUAGAUAAGACAGUACAAUGUACUCUGUAAUAAAGUGGAGCUUUGAAAAUAAAAAAAGGAGAUGAUCCAGAAAUCCCUUAAAUGAUCAGUGUCUCCAAGAAGACGUUAUUUAAAUGCAACAUUAAUGUUUUCAUUAUUUUCCCCUUUAAUGAUUAACAUUUUCUACAAUCAUUUCAUGUAAAAUGACAAAGUAAAGUUUUGUUCAUGAUGCCCAAACAGCAGAGCAUGAUGGUGAACGGUUACAGCAGCACAUGUUUGAUAUAGUUUAAUGUGUACCUGCUCUCAUCAGCAGCUAUGUAAAGUACCUGUGAGUAUGAUAACUCUCCACACCACAGCAGACACAUUCAGUGGCACAUUGGCCGGAGAACACAGAGGAGGAGCAUCUUACUGCUAAAGCAACAGAUGUUUAAAUAUUGCUGGUUACACUUUUAGAUCAUCAUGACUUUCAGAACCCUUUCAGAUCAAGAUCAGCUGAUAAUUAACAUUUGAAUACAGAUUCUAAACAGAAUGCAGACAAAGUCUUCAUAUCAAACUAGUGCAGGAGAUGAGUUGAAUUCAACAUUUCUUGUACCUCUGGAUGUGAUUUGGUUUUUUUAUAAGCCGUACUGAUGUGAGCGACGAGUGGCUGAUAAAUGUGAUUUCAUGUGAAGCAGAAGUUUUACAUCCAAACAAACGUAUGAAGCGGACGUUACACAAUUCUUUUCCAGUGUCAUUUUGAAAUUCAAUCUCCACUUAAGAUUACAUCUAUACUUGGAACAGUCAAAAUCAACAAUCGCAUUUGUCCCAGAGUGCAUUGGGAGUAACAACUCAUUCAUUGCUCAUCCUUCCCUGGUUAAUCACGCCGUCUCUGUCUUCAGUACAUACUUUAUUUUCUUCAUGAUUUUGUUCUUAUCCUACGUCAUGUUGCCAAAAGCUCAUCUUUCUGAUGCUGACACACUGCAGCAUGGGGCCUUGUUUGCAGGUGAAGCGAUGUAAAAAUUCAUAAACUACAACAUGUUGUACUUUAUGACUUUCCCUAAUGAUUGUUUAUUUCUGUACGUAGAGUUUAGAACUCUACAUUUUGAAAAGGGUUGAUUGGGACGAUGACUCGCCUGUAAAACUUGUACUUGAGCUGUAAAUGACCAUAGGACGAGGGGGAGGGAUUACUUUGUAAAACUUGUAUAAUUAUUAUUUUUGUGCGUCUUUAAUGGAUCUCCAGACAGAAUUUUUACUUAACUGAUGUUUAUAGAUUUUUAUUUAUGUGUCAAGGUACAAAGAUGUUGUACAGAGGUGCAGCUUUGCACAGUCUCGUGUGCUUAUGUUUAGUAAACGCUAUUUUUAAAUGUCGGGGAAAAAUAAAUGCAUUAUGGAAUACUGAAAA